AUGUUUAAGUGUCUGCCAAUCAUCGGGCCUUGUGGAAGGCAUGUAGAUCACAUUGACAGGCGACAUUCGAAGCUCGAACAAGUUCCGGAUGAUGUGAUGCGAAAUUUUCGCACUCUUGAAGAGUGUCGUCUAGAUGCUAAUCAGAUUAAAGAGUUGCCUAAGAAUUUCUUCCGCCUGAAGCGAAUCCGUCUUCUGACGCUGAGUGAUAAUGAGUUAACUCGUUUACCUACUGGGAUAGGAAGCUUUUCCAACCUUGUUGAACUCGAUGUUAGUAGAAAUGACAUAUCCGAGCUCCCAGCAAGUAUUCGUUUCUGUGAUUCAUUGCAGAGUUUGGAUGUGAGCAAUAAUCCUUUGCAGAGCCUGCCUGCUGGGUUUUGCCAACUACGUAAUCUACGAGUUUUGUGUCUUAAUGAUAUUUCAAUUGGUGAGCUUCCUGAAGAAAUUGGCAGUUUACAACUGCUAGAAAAAUUGGAGCUUCGGGAUAACUGUCUCAAAACAAUUCCGGAUUCAUUUGCUGAUCUUAUCCAUUUGGAGUUUCUCGAUCUAGGUGCGAAUGAAUUUCAAGAGCUGUCGCCUGUGAUUGGUCAGCUUUCACAACUAAGUGAAUUGUGGGUAGAUGAUAAUGAAUUAAGAUCACUGCCUGUGGAAUUAGGAAAUCUUGAAAAUUUACAACAACUGGAUUUAUCAGAAAAUUUAAUAUCUUCAUUACCUGAAAGUAUCUCCGGACUGGUCUCCUUAUCAGAUUUAAAUUUAUCGCAGAAUAGUCUAACGCAUUUACCAAAUGGUCUAGGUGAUUUGAAAAAGUUGAUAAUUUUAAAACUCAAUCAGAAUCGACUGUUAACAUUGACGCCUACUGUAGGCAAUUGCUCAAAUUUACAAGAAUUGUAUUUGACAGAGAAUUUUUUGUCUACACUUCCAUCAUCUAUUGGCGAUUUGUCUGCUAUGUUCCAUUUGAAUGUUGAUCAAAAUCAACUGAGUGAAUUACCCAUCCAGAUUGGUCAAUGUACAUCGCUUAAUAUUUUGUCUCUGCGAGAGAACAAUUUGCAAAGAUUGCCAAAUGAGAUUGGUAAUUGUACACGUUUACGAGUCUUGGAUGUUUCUGGCAACAGACUUGAUCGUUUACCAUUCAGUUUAUCAAAAUGCUCAUUGACAGCUUUAUGGCUUUCACAAAAUCAAUCUCAACCAGUGAUUACCCUACAAAUGGAUGUAGAUCCUGUUACACAGGAACAAUAUCUUACUUGUUAUUUACUCCCUCAGGAACAAUUAGAUUCACGUAUUGAAACUGAUCCAACUGUGUCACCGUCUGAGUUAGCUAGUUAUUCUACAUCCUUAAAUCCUGAUAUUAUUAAACCAAAACAUGAUUUUCUCGACGGAAUCAAUGUAGAAGUGAAUCAUGCCUAUGAACCAGCUGAUUUUCACACUUCCACACCUCAGUCGAAUCAUCCAACCAAUCGAAAUACAUCACCUUUGAAUUAUGAGUCAACUAAACCAUCGGGUAUUUUGCCUUCGCCUACACUGAGUGCUAAUUCUACAACAAUGACAAGUGAUCCAGUUCUCUGA